AUGGAUUUCAGUAUUCAAAGAGAAGUAGUUACGAGAGGAGUAUAUCAUAUUUUAUUUUAUUAUCAUCAUUUCCGUUGGUCCAUACUAUCAGCCAAUGAUGAUAUUCAAAUCUCUUUGGAAUUUCCCGACUAUGCGAAUGAGUUUGAACAUCUCUGCGAAAAUGAAAUAAUUUCUUUUAAUUUUGCUAACGCAACCAUCACCUCUAUUGGUCGGGAUUUUAUUAGUAGUCCUUGGAUUACUUGUCUCAAUUUCACGAGCAAUCAAAUUAGCAAUAUCGAGAGAGGCGCCUUCAACAAACUUCCUAAUUUGACUCAAUUGAUUCUUUCUAAUAACGACUUACAAAAACUUUUCGGCUUUGGAGGUCACGAAAAUUUAAAGUUUCUUAAUCUGAAUAAUGCAUCCUUCUUUGGCUAUCGCCCAUAUGAUGCAGUUUAUAUUUUUGAAGAAUAUCCUAACUUAGAAAUCUUGUCUGCCCGUCAAAAUCAUAUCCAAGAUUUACCUUCAAAAGUGAAUACUCCAUUUCCGAAACUGAAGAUCCUAGAUCUUUCCAGCAACCAGAUGCAAAGAACUGGAACUUUUGUAAAAUUGUUGCCAUAUAGUUUACAUUUUCUUGAUCUCCACAAUAAUUCGAUCAAUUCUUUGGUUUUUGAUAAAAAACAUGUAAACUUAUUAGCACUAAACUUGGAUUACAACUAUCUGCGUUAUAUAACGUAUAAAAGUCACUAUUUUGAACUAGUGCUAGCUGGCCUAGAAAAUUUGCAGUAUCUUUCCGUUUCUGGAAACGAAAUUGAUUCUAUUGAAUCAAACGCUUUCGAAGACACUAAUGAGUUGGUCUAUUUGAACUUAUCCGCAAAUCAAAUAACUCGAUUCUAUUCAGAAACGUUUGUAAAAUUACAAUCUUUAAGAUUACUCGAUUUGAGUUUUAAUAAGCUCGGGGAAAUUCCGCAAAUUUCAAGUGAAACAAUAAUUAGCAUUUUAUUCCUCAAUGGCAAUAAUAUUAAAAGUAUAAUUUCGAACGCUUUUGUACAAAUGCCAAAAUUGAUGAAAUUAUUAUUGGGAGGGAAUCAGAUCAUCGAAAUUAAUGUUAAAGCAUUCGCUCAUCUUUCGUUUUUAGAAAUAUUAGAUUUGUCGAGGAAUAAAUUAAGUUUCCUACCGGAAGGAUGGUGUGAAUUUUUAACAUCUCUAAAAUAUUUGAAUUUAAACGAUAAUGAAUUUAUCUCGCUAGAAUAUUUAUCUCUAACAAACGUGUUACCAUUGAUGGAAUUGCAUCUGGCGAAUAAUCCGCUAGAAUAUUUAAAUGUUAGCUAUUUCCAAAACUUGCCGCAGAAUCUUACCGUGAGUUUGCAGAAAAAUUCUGCAAACUAAUGAAUUCUGAUAGAUGCAAGCCGAAAUAAAAGUUAUUACAAUACAACAGAUAUAUUUUUUUAUAAAUUUAACAUUUUUACAAAGGCUUUUAUAAAAAAAACCAACUUAAAAAAUCCAGCUCCUUUAUAAAAAGAUAACAUUUUUUUUAUAAAAAAGUUGAAGAGCUUGCGACAAAUGUACAAAUGUAGAAAUGCUUCUACAUUUAUUGGAGAUAAGAUAAUUUAAAUGAUGAGUCUUAUAAUCAAAAACAAUAAUA